AUGGUUACGGCAGUAGCUUUCAUAACUUUAUGCGCAUCCAUACCUCUCAAAGAUAAAUCAACAGAUCAAUCCGAAGAAGAUUACUCGCCUCGUCUAGAUGCACCUGCAGAUACAUACCAGAUCUUUCAAACACCGCUACCUCUCUCACUAGAAUUACCCAAAGUGGAAGAAAACCCAAUACUUUUCUAUGCACCAGAACCGGAAACUUUCCUUAAAGCUCCCAGAGAAUCCUCAGCAACAUAUGACUAUAUAUCCCCGAUACCAAAUCAAGACUUAGUAGCACCUGCAGAUACACUUUGGAACCCCGAGAAUAACCCAAAGUUCUACUACGAAGUACCAACCAUUAUUAGCAAACAAGAGUUGCCUACACAAGAGUUCCCUAAAAAGUACAACAAGGUUGUUCAUGAAAAAAAUAAGCCAAUCUCGUCGAAACCGAAACAAGAAGUUAUUUUCGAAACGAUUCCAGUAAAGCAGCACGAAGAGAGGCAGAUAGAAUUAGAGAAGGCCUAUGAAAAGUUGGCUAAAAAGGAAAACCAGAAACUUAUCAAGAUGCUUCCGCCUAGAAAUAAGAAACCCUCGUCACCUUCUACAGACUCUACACCAAUUUCAAGCAAUCAAAUAAAGAAUGUUUCUUAUGACCAAGGGCUUAGCUCUCAAUUAAUUGACUCAUUGGGUAUACCUACUAACGCAGCUGCAAAUGUGGAAUCACCCGGUGGUGAAAGGCUUGAGUUUCAUAUGGUGGGCCAUGACGGGCCUCUUUCUUAUAAGUGGGGCUAUGAUACUGGCAAAGGACCGAACAGGCUCUUCAGGUUUGAAGAACGAGACAAAGAAGGUCAAGUAAAGGGUCACUACGGUUUUUACGACGAAACUGGAAAACUUCAAGUGAUACAUUACGAUGCUCACCCUGAUACAGGUUUUCACGUGUCAGAAAAUUCAUAGACAAUAAGAAAAAAAAAUAUAGAUAUUUAUGGUAGGUCAAAAGAAAGCCAAAACCAUUUUAUACUUUAAAAAUGUUAUAUGAUUUUAAAGCAGCUAUUUUGUACUAUUUUAAAAGAAUAUAUUUUUGAAAACAAAACACUAUAUUUCCGAUAAUAAAUUGACAAAAUCAAAAAACAUAAUUUGUAAUCUGGAACUUUUUGAAAAGAAGUACCUUGUAAUCCGACAAAUAAUGAAAAUGAUGAGAUAAUUUCUAUACUGUGCGAUAUGCAACUAGUAAAUUAAAUAAUACAAUAGAUAACAGGUUUAUUAUUUAUUAUUAGUAACGCAAUAGCCAUAGCAGUUAUAACAAAAAAACUAAAGCUAAACAAACAAGUAACAAAAAUAAAAACAUAAUUAUACGUAAUUAACAUGUCGGAUUACAAAGGGAUUAGAAAGGGGCCGGAUUACUGAGGUUCUACUAUAUUUAAUAAUUUUUUUCUUAUUUUCUAAGUAUUUACUUUCGACAACAAUUUAUUAUUAUAAAUAUUUCCAUUCUUGUUAAAUAAAUUUUUAACUGUUACUUUUUCUUUUUAUACAAGAAAAAGUAUUUGAUAGUAGCUUUUAAAAGUAUUGUAGAUAAAGGAGAACCUUAAAGGCUGCGUAUCCGUUAAUGGUUGCAUGUCCUUAAAGGCCUUAAAGAAAAGUCGCGGAAUUUUGUUCAAAAUUAUUUGUUGUUUUGUAGAAGAAAUUUUCUUCGUAUCCUUGUAUUUUUUUUUACUUUCGGAGUAUCAUAGGUAUCUGCGCAUGCACUCAGAUGGUCAUAACGUAUCGGAUGUAAAUUUAAUCUGUGUCAAAGUUGGUAGGUUAGGUAAGUUUAUUUUUCCCAAUUUAUUUGCAAAGCAACCCACGACGGCUCCAUGCCGUGAAGGUUAGGUAAAUUAGUAAAUUUUUUUAUAAUUUAAUUAGAGUAGAUACUAGGAAUAUAUUGUUAUCGUCUUUAAUAUAUUUUACAUUUAGACUCAACCAUAUGAGAUCAUGUGCAAAUAUUUUCGAUAGUGUUUUUCGAUCGAAAGUCUGCGACCCAUUUUUUCCAGCAAUUAAAUAUUCGAACAAAAUAUGUUUGAAAAAAUUUACUUUCGAACAAAAUGUGUUCGAGGUAAAUAACAAACAAAAUUAUUUAAAAAAAAAAGUACAAAAUUUGGUGAUCCCUUAAAGAUUUACCCUUCUUAUUGCUAACGGACCAUUGUAAUAUUAAUUUUGAAAUUUUUUUAUAUAGGUAUCGAAAACCUUCUUAGUUAUAGGACAAUUUUAGAAAAUUCAAAACAAUUCUCAUUAUCCAUCAAAAUAUAAGGUAUUCAUUUAUAAUUUUUUUUUAUUGACAUUAUUGCCACACGUAAUAUUAUUUUUGAAAGGGCCGGAAAAAAAGAACGUUUUGAACCAAAAUUAUGAGUUUACUUUAAAUAGAACACCUUAUAAUUUUUAACAUAUUCGUAGACCAUUUUAUCCCUUUCCAAAAAUGUAUACAUUGUCAGUAUUUAAGCAAGUUUUUAGGUUAACAUUUGUUUGUUUAUGUAACUAUGUCACGAAGUUCCAAACACAAAAUAUUACAUUUCAAUAGCUUAUAACUAGAAAAUGAGACAAGGUAUUGAUAACCGGCUUACAUUGAAAUUCUUAGAAAUAUUUCAUUUUUCUUCUAACAUGGUUGUCAAGUCACAAACGUUGUUUAAAAUUUACGUAAAAAAUACUUUUUGGCACCUAAUCUAAAUUGGAAAAAGCAUUUUUUUGCAAUAAUUUUAGACGUUUGAGAGUUGGCAUCCAUGUUAGAAAAAAUUGAAAUAGUUCGAAAAAUUUUAUUGAAAGCUGCUUAUCGACACCUUGCCUCAUUCUAGACUUAUAAGCUGUUUAAAUGUGAUAUUUCACGUUUGGAAGUUUUUGACAUGGUUUCAAAAAAAAGUAUAUGGUUCCCAAAAAAUUUGCCGACAAUGUGUACAUUUUUGGAAAGGGGAACACAUUUUCUUUCUAAGGUUAUUAAAUAUUAUAGGGUGUUCUAUUUAAAGUAAACACAAUUUUCGUUCAAAAAGGUUUUUUUAGUUUCCUUCGAGAAAAAAAAUUACAUGUGGCAACAAUGUCAACAAAACCUUGAAGUUCAUUUAUGAAGUAUAGUGGAAACUGCAUGCCAAUUUAAACGAACACCUUGUAGUUAAAAAGUUAACGUUGCUCUAUUUCAAACGUUCGCGUAACAAGUAUUAAAAAUGUAUACGUUUACAACUUAAACAUUCCUGAAAAAAAUUGGCAGAAUCUCUUAUUUUUGUCAAUUUUUAAAUUUUAAACUGUCAAAUAACAGCUCAAAUAUAUUGUCUUUAUUGUUUAUUCAAUGUUAUACAUUGACAUUUAAGUUAAGAGUUAAGUUUUAUUAUAAGUAUUUUAUAUGUGAUUAUUUUGUUGCUCUCCUGUUAUUUGUGUGUCAUUGUAAGAAGUAAAAAAUUUAUCAAUAUU